GUUGGAAUAGUCGGAUUUUAGUUAGUACAUGUUGAUAUUUGAUUGGGAAAAAAUUGAAAAGACCAAAAAACAAAACCCCAAAAUCAAUCUUUCUCCACUCUCUUCCUCUACACCUUCUUCUCUGGUACGAUUAACUGUAUUCUCUUUGAUUUCUUCUCUUUCUCUCCUUUUACGAUGCUAGCCCUGUUCUUUUUAUCAAGAGCUGCCUCUGCGGCAGCGAUCAAAAAUCUAAGCUUCAGAAACUUUAAAAUUAACACGUGGCAAAUCGAAAGCUUCCCAAAAAUCCAGAAAAGGAGAAGCCGCGUCUGAAAAUAGAGUUGUUGGUGACGCUUAGAUUUUUCGGCGUCAAGUUGAAUCAAGGCGCAUGCCGUUGUCUGUUGCCGCUGCGUCUUCAUCCAUCACCACCGACGUCAUAUUUGAUUGAUUGUUUAGCAUUCGUGAUUGACUUGCAUGUUUUACAUUCUGUACAAGCAUCUAACUUUCAAUAUUGGAUCGUUUUUUGCCCUCCUAUUUGUUGACGGAGCUUUUGAUGCGAGAGGUUCGCGACUCUACUGGAAUCCGCAACAUCAUCCCGUGAUCUCAAAGGAGUUGCAUCUUCUGAGUAUAAGCUAAGAGCAACAGUAGGCCAAGGGGAUGGAAUAUGCAAGGGCUGCAAUUUUAUUAUCAAUCAGUUGUGGGAGCAAAGGAUUUUAUCUACUGCCUUACAUUUGUCACUUCUCAUCUCUGUCUCAAGUUUGCUAUGAUUCUCAUCUUGUGUCGAGCACUUGAACCAAGUUCUUGAGGCGUAACUUUGCUCGCUCCACCAUAUACAGAAAGUGAUUGGAAGAUCCUUGUGUGUGUGGGUGGAGUCAAACACAACUACCCUCAACAUUCUCUCAUCGCAGUCUGAGAUAGCCACUGGCUUCCUUCUGUAUACCUCUCUGCUCUUUGUACCAGUUUAUAUCGCAGAAAUAACACCAAAACAUGUCCGAGGAGCAUUUGUAUUUGCUAAUCAGCUGAUGCAGAGUUGUGGGGUUUCAUUAUACUAUGUCAUUAGAAAUUUUGUUCAUUGGCGUCAUUUGGCCUUGAUUGUGAUGGAUUAGCUUUCGGAGCUGAACGUUGGAUCGCUACUCUCCAAAGAAUGUGCGAGAGGUUCGCGACUCUACUGGAACCCGCAACAUCAUCCCGUGAUCUCAAAGGAGAUGUUACCUUAGUAUUGCUCUUCCCUAACCGUGGAUUCGCACUGCCUCGUAGUAUCUUCAAGUAUGCCCAAACCUUGAUUAAGCUGAAACUAGGUUGCGGGAAAAUUUGUGGCUUCUGUGCCCUAACUCGAGGAGACAUAAUCUUUACAAGGCUUACAACUCUGCAUCUUGAUUCUGUUGACCUCGGUCGUAAUGGUGCCAAUUUGGCUCUGAUUCUAUCUAAAUGCCCUGUUCUUGAGGAGUUGAUCGUAAAUUGUAUACGAUUCGACCGUUGGAUAUCGGAUGCAUCGGUGUCUUCCCAAACACUCAAGAGACUAACGAUAGAUGGUGGAGAAUUCAUUCCACCGGAAAGUUCUCGCCAGACCCUUACAAUGCUUAAAGAAUCUGGCUCUGGAGAGCCUCAGCUCUUGCCCGAUAAAUCAUCUUGUGUCGAACCUGCCCAUGUUUCGUUUGAUACUCCAAACCUUGUCUACUUAAACUAUGCACAUGUUCUUGCGCGCAGCUAUCCGCUUGUCAAGUUGGAUUCACUUGUUGAAGCUAGGCUAGACGUUGGAUCGACCCGACAUCAGAUGCGUGCAAGAGAUUCAUCAGGCGGACAUGAAGUUGGUUACGACGCCACCAAUCUUGUCAUGGGAAUACAUAAUGUUCAAACCCUUCACUUAACCUCUGAUACAAUUGAGGUGUUCGGAGACUUUUGUAAGACCGUACCGGUGUUCCACAUUUUGAAACAUUUAUCUAUUGAGAGUGACCAUGAACGAACAUGGCAAGCUUUGCCUCUCUUGCUCAUCAACUGCCCCACUCUACACACUCUCGUCUUCCAUGGUCUGCACCACCGUGUUACAGAUGGAUGUGGAGAUGCUUGUGCCUGCAUAACUUUUCCUUCUUCUUCUUCUUGUUUAUCAUCGUGCCCUGUGAAGAUUCUCAAGAUAUUGGACUUUGCUGCAACUUGUGGAGAGAUGUCACUAGUCAAGCAUUUCAUGAAGAAGUGUCCUCUGCUUGAAGAAGUGACCAUCGUACUAGACUUUGAUUCCACCUUAGAAGAGGAUUUGGAUCUUUUUGAAGUUUACGAGGCACUGGAGAUGGCCCCAAGAGCUUCACCAAACUGCAAGUUUGAAGUCCUUAGUUAAUAAUUCGGUUUGAACUGAUCGGUAGCCAAAUAAUAUAUACAUUAUGUUUUUUCUCUUUCAAGUCCACAAAAUUGUUGUACCUUAAUUAUAAACUUUGGUAAUCCCCUUUUAUUAUGGUUGCUCCACGAUUAGUGGAUAAGUCAAACAUGUCCUGCAUCAGCUAUUUAUCAUCAUAAUUUAAGUUGA